CACGAAAAGCAUGAAGCGUUGGGACAACCUGGAAAGAGGCUUGAUGGCCUUCAGUCGAUGUCGAUAGAGGCUAGAGAAGGUCUAACUGAGAACUUUCUAACCUCUAGGCAUAGAAAAGCCUUUCUGAUGCUGAGAGGCCAAAUUUCACUACCCAUUUACGUAAUCUACUCAAAUGACAAAAAAUCGCAUUCACGGUCUCACCUUACCACUAUCCAUUCCAUUGUGUUCAAACUCCCGUCCUGCCAACAUAAUUGAAUCAUAAUCACCAUCUUUCUUCUUCACUACAGACCGUUAACAUCUCUAUCCCAACUGCUACAGUUGACCUGAACAUCUUUUCUGAAAACUGAAAUGAAAAACGACGAAAACAAAAGCAACAGUAUAACAUGCGAGAACUUACCGGCGUUUCUCUCUUCAUUCGUUGACACUUUCGUGGAUUUCACAGUAACCGACGGCCUUUUUCUCCCGAAUUCACUUCCCCAAAACCUCCCUGAAACGCCACCACCAAUGGCUGCCCGAUACCCAUCUCCGGAUCGUCUGAUUGCCAUCGGUGAUCUCCACGGAGACCUGGAAAAAUCAAGGCAAGCUUUCAGAUUGGCCGGUUUGAUCGACGGCUCUGAUCGCUGGACAGGUGGGUCCACGACGGUGGUUCAGGUGGGUGAUGUGCUCGACAGAGGGGGUGAAGAGAUAAAGAUACUUUAUUUGUUGGAGAAGCUGAAGAGGGAAGCUGAGAAAAAUGGAGGUAAAUUUUUGACCUUGAAUGGAAAUCAUGAGAUUAUGAAUGUUGAAUUUGAUUUUAGGUAUGUGACUGAGAAGGGUCUGAGAGAAUUUGAGAAUUGGGGGUUUUGGUAUGGUGCUGGUAACAAAAUGAAGUCUUUGUGUGUUGGUCUGGAGAUGCCCAGGGAUUUGUUUGAUGGGGUGCCUUUAGCUUUUAGGGGUGUGGAUGAAAAGUAUUGGAAUGGAAUUAAGAGUAGGAUAGCAGCGUUGAGACCGAGUGGACCAAUUGCCAGGCGGUUUUUGAGUAAGAAUAUGACAGUCUUGGUGGUUGGGGAGUCAGUUUUUGUCCAUGGCGGGUUGUUGAAGGAGCAUGUGGAGUAUGGGUUGGAGAGGAUUAAUGAAGAAGUAAGGGACUGGAUUAAUGGAUUGAGUGGGAGGCGUGCACCGGGGCAUUGUAAAGGGAAGAAUGCUGUAGUGUGGUUGAGGAAGUUUUCAGCUGAUUAUGCUAAGUGUGAUUGUUCAUUGCUUGAACAUGUUCUUGCGACGAUCCCUGGUGCGAAGAGGAUGAUUAUGGGGCAUACAAUUCAGCAUUCUGGGAUUAAUGAUGCAUGUGAUGGUAGAGCUAUUAGGAUUGAUGUGGGUAUGUCCAAGGGAUGUGGUGAUGGAUUGCCUGAGGUUUUGGAGAUUUUUGGGAAUAAGGGGUUGCGAAUCCUGACAUCGAAUCCAUUGCAUCAAAACAAGAACAAAGCUUAUUUGGAUGCUUAUAGCAACAAGGGGCUUGGUUUGCAAAAAACAGAACAGGGACUGAGACAAGUUGAGUUUAAGGCUUAGGUUAUUGUUAUACACUAUCUUGAACAUUAAUAUAUAUUCCAUUUCUGGUCUGGUAAGAACAAUAUUGUUCUAUGGGCAAUGCACUUUAGAAUUCUGAAAUGUUGAUGUAGGUCAUUAAUUCAAUGCGAAGAUGAAAGAGGCCUGAACACAUUUUCAAGUGUUGACUUCUUGAAUUGAGGGUUUGUUGUUUAAGUUGUAAUUCAUUACUUCUUCUUUAUUGCCUGUUGAAGGAACAUGAAUAUUCUAAUUCUUCCAA